AUGAAAAGCGAAAUCACUGUACUGCUGCUGCUGCUGCUGCUACUGCUUUUCACACUGUGUCCGUUCGCUUUAGCGAAACGAUCGUUCAGUCUUCUAUCAUCCGAUCCCUGUCUGGAGAAGCGAACAUGCGGCAAGAACGAGGAGUUCGUCUGCUGUGGACCCUGCGUCGAGCCAACCUGCUCCAAACCGGAGCCCGAUGCCGACUGUACCAACGUCUGCGUCGCGGGCUGCUUCUGUAAGAAGAACUACGUACGGCGCGCCAUCGGUGGAUCGUGCAUCUGGGCGAAAAAAUGUCCCAAGCGUAUACAGACGACCAAAAAACCAUAACGUUGUUUAUUCUCUGCCCAGCGAAUGUUCUAGUUAGUGAGCUCACAGGUUGUAGCGAUACUGUCGCAUAGUUAGAUCGGCGAAAGCAAACCCUUGAACGUAGGUGUGCGGUGGGUCAUUUGUUUGAUUCGUUACAGCCAACGUCAUUGGCCGUAGAUCCAAUCGAGAGCAAUAAUUGAAUUCGUGGCUAGGUCAAAUCGAAGUGCAAACGGCAAUUUAUUCGCUUACUUUUACUGCUCGGUUGCAAAGGUCACUAACGGAUGAUAAAUGGUGUAGUAAAUAGCGCUUGAAUAAAUCACUCUAAGUUAAGGUGUAUAGUUAGGGCUGAAAAUGAAUCCAUUUUAAUUUUAAUUUAUCAAAGGCAAUACGGACGCAAGUUGAUCGAUUGGU